AUGGAUUUCUUCUCGCUCUCGAACGCGCGCUUUCUGCGUGACGCUCCACCCCUCAAUGGCUCCGUCAUCCGUCCGUCCUGCGCGUUCCUGCGUCGCGCAGCUCUAAUCGGACCAAAGCGUCCACCAGGUCUCCGUCGCCAUCGCCGUCUGCACUCCAAGAGCUGCGCCAAUGCCAAGAAGGACGCGGCCAAUGACCGCAAGCGCCGACGCAGACAGGAGCUCGCUUCAGCUCGAGAUUCCGAGCAGCUGCAGGCGCAGAUCCGCCACCUGGACGAGCAGCUCACGCUCAUCAACGGGCGCGACGUCGUGGCGCGCCAGAACGCGCAGGGCGCCGCGUUCAACGUCAUGCGCGUGUACUUCGAGCGCAUCGUGCGCGGCUUCGACCCCGUGCGGUACCCGGAGCAGGCGGACGCGCCGCUGCAGUUCUUCAACGCGGCGUUCGUCAAGGACCUCAAGACCAACGACUUCACGGGCAGGGACAAGUACCUGGAGCAAUGGCAGCUCGUCAACGAGUGCUACGCCCGCGUCGGCUGCGAGGCCACGAGCAUCGACGUGUACCCGCUCACGGACGAGCGCUUGGCCGACGACGACGAGGAGCUCGAGCGCCACGUGAACGUGAUCUCUCGGACUACGAUCGAGCGCAUCUUCCCGCACAUUCUGUCGGACGAGGUGCUGGUGCAGUCGCUCAUCGGCAAGACCUACAGCUUCGCCUUCACGCUCAUCGCGUACGUGGACGCGCGCGACGGCCGCAUCUUCCAGACCGAGUCCACCGUCGACCUCACGUCGGCGCUGCUCGACAUGCUGCAGGACCCCUUCGUGACCAUCAAGAUGGUGGACGCCAUGACCAAGCGCGGCAACCUGCUGCUCAUGGACGACGUGCUCGAGGACCAGAACGUCAUCGAGAACGGCUUCCUCUGA